AUGUCUCACACGUUCGAUCCCAACUUUUUCGUACCCUAUUACCCAAGUAGUCAAGAAGGGGGCCAGCAGCCCCAUCUCCCCCCCCCUUCCCACUCCUCUCCUCCUCCUCCUCCUCCUCCUCCUCCAGGUAGGGACGAGGAAGGCGGAGAUGACUCCUCUUCCCUUUCCGCGCCCCCAUUUAUCGAAGAGGGCGUUAACUGGCCCCCCUGCGUCCCCUGUGCGUUUGUUCUCUCGAAUGGGGAUUCUGAUGAUCACCGGUGUCGCAGGCAGGCAAGUGCGAGGGCCAAGAGGUGCCAACACUGUCGCGAUGCCAAGUUUAUCUGCGAUUCAAUCGAGGAGACUUGCGACCCAGCUGCUCUGCCUCUGGCAGAGCAGCUGGGUCCCGCGUUGCAUCGAUUCAUCACAGACCCUACCGACGAGAAUCAAUACGCGUAUGAGGAGGUAGCUGGUCAAUUGCGAGACUUCCUGCCUGCGAAGCCCCGUCGGCGAGCAACGUCAGCACCGGCACCGGCACCGGCACCGGCGGCGAUUUCAGAAGAGACCGCCGCCGCCCUCGUCGAGCAUUUGCGGUCGAUUGCCCACUCCCUUGAACGGUUAUCUAAUACUGGUAUAUCUGUUCGGAUAGUCAGCGAUAACGGUUCGGAUGAAGAGGGUGGGCAUAUGGAAGAAGAUUAG